GCAUUAAAUGUAGUGAUUUUUCAAAGUCAACGUGAAUCAUUUACUGAGCACAAAUUGAUAAUUAAUAAACUUAGUUUGCCGAAAAAGAGCGUUCUUCUUAAAUUUAAUAUUUAUUUAGAUGAUAACCAAUUAAUGCGUGUUGGAGGACGUCUCGAUAAUGCUAAUUUUAUAUAUAAUAAAAAACAUCCUAUUAUUUUACAGUCCGCUCACGAAUUUACUAAAUUAUUAUUCGAUUAUGAACAUAGACGAUUAAUGCACGCGGGCCCACAAUUAUUGCUGGCUUCAAUAAGGGAGACUUAUUGGCCUAUUGGUGGCAGAAAUUUAGCAAAGGCUUGCUUUCAUCGAUGCGUACGUUGCCGUAGAAUGAAAGGAGCUAUAGUUACUCCUUUGAUGGGAAACUUACCGCGGCAGCGGCUUCUUCCUGGUUACCCGUUCCAGAAUACAGGCGUCGAUUACGCUGGCCCGAUAAGGUGCGCUAGUCGCCAGGGUCGUGGAUGUAGGCUAGUGAAAGUGUAUAUUGCUAUAUUCAUUUGUUUUACCACCAAGGCGAUUCAUUUAGAAUUAGUAAGUGACUUAACCAGUAAUCAUUUUUUACUUGCUUUAUAUCGUUUUAUUUCGCGACGAGGAAAGCCCGCAAGUAUAUUUUCAGACAACGGUACCUCCUUUGUGGGCGCGUAUAAUGACUUAUCAAAAUUUAUUAAGUCUAAUGCAGCUUCGUUAAGCGAAUCUUUGGCUAAUGAUGGAAUUUCAUUCAAAUUUAUACCCGCGUAUAGUCCUCAUUUCGGCGGACUCUGGGAGGCUGGUGUGAAGUCAACCAAAUAUCAUUUGCAGCGAGUGUUGGGUUGUAGUAAUUUAACUUUUGUGGAACUCUACACCACGUUAACGCAGAUUGAAGCCAUAUUAAAUUCCCGUCCAUUGACACCGCUGUCUUCAGAUCCUGAUGACGACACACCGCUUACGCCAGGACAUUUUUUAAUUGGACGACCCCUCACCUCAAUACCACAGCCUAAUCUCCAGGAUCUUUCAAUGAGCCAACUAACUCGCUACCAGAGGAUUGAACAGUUGCGCCAACAUUUCUGGACAAGGUGGAGUAAGGAGUACGUAGCUGAACUCCAACAGAGGACCAAGUGGCGCGCAUGUAAGGAUGGGCUUGAGUUGGGAUCCCUAGUUGUGGUAAAGGAGGACAAUCUUCCCCCCUUAAAGUGGAGACUUGGAAGAGUUGUAGCAGUCCACCCUGGUUCGGACGGUAUUGUUCGCGUGGCAGAUAUUCGGACGUCUACUGGUGUCAUCAGAAGAGCCUUUAAUAGGAUCUGCCCAUUGCCUUUGCCAUCAUAGCUGUUAAAAGCCAAGCUUUCAACGCCCGGGGGCAUGUUUAAGCGCCUGCGACAAAUAAAAGGCAGGAAUACGCAUUGCGCCGUUGUCUAACUUGACAUUACUUAGAAUUAAGUUAUAUCUCUUUUAAUCGUCAUUCUAAAUACAGCAGUUCAACUGA